AUGGCAGUCGGUACUGUUACUGUGGAGGCUCCCCUCGACGAGCCCAAGAAAGGCAGGGUGUUGAUCGUCAAUGGGUUUCCGGGCACGGGGAAAACAAGUAUUGUGAAGAAACUCAAAGAGCGACUCCCCGGCCAGAAGAUCCAGAUAGUCGACAGCCCUAUAAUGGCCGGACCAUUUUGCGCUCACGCGCUUCAGCGAGAGUAUCGAUCAGCCUACCUUCAUGAGAUCCGAAGAUUGGCAGACCAGGGCUACACUAUCUUGGUGACAGCUUCUCUGGCGAACAACAUAUCGAGCCGCAAAGUUACCGAAGACAUUAUUGGAACUGUCUCCGGGAAAGACAUCUCCUUAGUCUGGAUCAACAUCAGCCGCCAAGAGGUCAUACAAGAUCACCAAAUAUCGAACCCAACCCGGGUAGCGAACGGCGAGUCGAAGACAGGAAAACCCGAUGUCUUGCCUUCUACCGCCGAGCAAGGCCGACUUAUUCGUCCCUCGAGCCUGUGGCAUAAGCUGGAUGGUAUCAACUUGAUCACUCGAGUGAUGAAUAUGGGGAAUGACCUCGAGGAGGCAGUCAAGAAGGUAUCGGAGGUUAUGGCCCGAGAGGAAUGA